CAGAGAGACUAGGGGAGGUCUGACGCCGCCAUCCCAGCACUGCACCGACUCUGGAUGCACAGAUCGAUAAAUGCACGCGCACACCGGUUGGCUGCGGGAGCGUAUGGAAUUUGUAACCCAGCUGUCCUUCUGCAGGACAUGUGUACACGCCGGGACAAGCACUUAAACGUGGUUCUGGAGUCACAGCAUGGUCCACUGUAAGGAUGGAUGACACCGGCUAACAAUGCACCCCGCCACUUCUCUGACCCAGCUCUAAUUUAGCCCGACGAAGAAGGACCGGCGACAGAUUUGAGCACACCGAUUCACCUGCAACUUUGACCCCCCCCCGGGCUUCUACGAUGCUGUGGCACAACUACGGCCGCCACUUGUUCUCCCUGGCAGCGCUGCUGGUGAUUGUGAGCUGCGGAGGAGGGGAGCAGCGCAGAGGGACGGAGAGCAGCAGCAGCAGCAGCAGCAGCACCAGCAGCACAGGUGGCAGCAGCAGCGGGAGCAGCGGUUCUGGCGGAAGUAGUAACCGACGCUUUCACAAGAUCCAGCAUGGCCAGUGCACCUAUACGUUCAUCCUGCCCGAGGGCGACGGAGCCAGAGGGGGCUCCUGCAGGGAGGCGAAAGCCGGGGGCCCGCAGCACAGCGGCAACUCUCUCCAGAGGGACGCGCCGCCGCCGGAGCCCGACUUCCCCAACCAGAAGAUCCAGCAGCUCGAGCACAUUAUGAAGAAUUAUACACAGUGGCUUCAGAAGAUUGAGAACUACAUCAAAGAGAGCAUGAAGACUGAGAUGGCUCAGCUGCAGCAGACCGCCGUCCACAACCACACGGCAGCCAUGUUGGAAAUGGGCACCAACCUCCUCUCUCAGACGGCCGAACAGACGCGCAAGCUAACGUACGUUGAGACGCAGGUUCUAAAUCAGACAUCCAGGCUUGAGAUCCAGCUGCUGGAAAAUUCUCUCUCCACUAACAAGUUGGAGAAAGAAUUAAUGGUGCAGACCAAUGAGAUCAGCAAGCUACAUGACAAGAACAGCCAGCUGGAGCGCAAGUUGCUACAGAUGGAGACCCGGCACCGCGAGGAGCUGGACACACUGAAGCAGGAGAAGGGGAGUCUCCACACGCUGGUGGGGAGGCAGAGCGGCGUCAUCGGGGAGCUGGAGACGCAGCUGAACCGGGCCACGGGCAACAGCACGGCCCUGCAGAGGCAGCAGCAGGAGAUGAUGGACACGGUCCACAACCUGAUCAACCUCUGCUCCAAAGAUAGAGCCGUACCCAACAGCACGAAGGUGGCGGACGAGGAGAAGAAGUUCCGCGACUGCGCCUACCUCCACCAGGCGGGCUUCCGAAAGAGCGGCGUCUACACCAUCCAGAUCAACUCUCAGGAGACCAAGAAGGUGUAUUGCAACAUGGAAACAGCCGGCGGUGGAUGGACGGUCAUCCAGCGCAGAGAAGACGGCGGCCUGGACUUCCAGAGAACGUGGAAGGAGUACAAGAUGGGUUUCGGCAGCCUGCCGGCAGAGCACUGGUUGGGGAACGAGUAUGUUUACCAGUUGACCAGCCAGAGGCAGUACGCCCUCCGCGUGGAGCUGACCGACUGGGACGGACACCAGGCCUUCUCGCUAUACGACCGCUUCCAGAUCGGCGGAGAGAAACAAAACUACAGGCUGUUCCUGAAAAGCCACAGUGGGACCGCAGGCCGACAGAGCAGUCUCGUGAUCCACGGAGCAGACUUCAGCACCAAGGACAUGGACAACGACAACUGCAUGUGCAAAUGUGCCCUGAUGCUCACUGGCGGUUGGUGGUUCGACGCCUGCGGCCCGUCCAACCUCAACGGCGUGUACUUCGCCCAAGGACAACACAUAGGGAAGCUGAACGGCAUCAAGUGGCACUACUUCAAGGGCCCCAGCUACUCGCUACGAGCCACGGCCAUGAUGAUCCGCCCGUUGGACUUCUCCUAGUCCUCAGAGGGACGCUCCUUAUUUCAUCCUCUGGUUUCAUCUCAUUUUUCGCCACCCCCCCCGGGAGUCAUCCAAUGAAUCCGUUUUUUUUUUUUCUCAAUCUGGUUCCUCUCCAGAGCGGCGGCCAUUGGCUCGCGCCAGGAGGAACACCAGAGCGAGAGAGGAUUCAGCUGAACGGGUUCAGCAGAGUAACAAAUGUUGAGUUAUUUAAGGACUAAAGUGUUCAGCGGGUGUUAAAGAAGGUGCCAUAUCAACUGUUUCAUCACCCUGGGGAGCUGCGCUGUGUGAAGAGGACUUGAACUCUUGUGAAUGGGAAGCAGCUCUGACUCUUCAUCUGCAGGACAGAACUUAUCCGGAAUGCUAUAAGGAAAAACGUUUGUAUUAAAAUGUUGCUCACCGAAUGUAGCCCAUGAAUAUAACCAUUGUAUUAUAUAUUGUGGGGGUUUUUUUGUAGUAUUUUUUUUGUUAUCCCAACUGUAUACAAUAUCCAAAGUGAGAUGAAAUUGUCUUUUGUACUAUACGUGUAACACGCUCAGUUUUAAGGUGACUUUGGAAAUUGAAGUGACGAGCUAGUAAUAGUUACACGGGUCACUGGCGGUAUUUGCCGCCUUAACGGUGUGAUUAUUAUUAGAAUUCAACAUGAGAGGUUUUCAUUGGGUUAGAUUCUGGACUGAGAACCAUUUGCAUUUGUUAUUGGCUGAGAAACGCCUCGUACCUGCCAAGGUUCAGCGAGUGAGUGAUCACCUUACCUCUGCUGAAUAUGAAAAACAAGGACAUUAAUACUGAUUCCUAUUAUUAGUGAUAUAUAACAAUUGCAGCUGUGUGCACAUUGAUGAAGUACCAUGUCAUAGUCCGUCCAUAUUUACAAAGAUCUAAAUGCUUAUAUUAAGCGGAUGUGCCACAAAGAAUGAGGUCUACGUUCUUAUUUCUUACUCUAAAGGACAUUAUAAAAGCUCUUUCGGGGUAACUUCAGUAUCUUGUUAACCCUAUUGUUCCUGGUUUUUAUGUCCAAGUGACGAAUAGGGCCCACACUUGUUUUAUUUGGUGUUGAGGGUGAAAGCUGCAGAUUAAAAGGGCUGCAAUGUAAUGGGUCACCGUCAAUGUACGUCCACUAGAAGUGUUUCAUCCUCUCAAAGGCUCAGAUUGUUGUUGUGAGUGUCUGACCACGCUAUGGAAAGAACCCGACAGGGAAAUAAAACCUUUUUCUUAACCUCU